AUGGAGACUCUGAGCGUGGAGACCAGUGAUGGGGUCACGAUUCAAGCUAGGGUAUUCACACCGGCGGAUCUCAGAAGCGAACGGGUGGUCGUCCUCGUUCACCCAUUCACCGUGCUCGGUGGAUUCCAGGGUUUGCUGAGAGGGAUAGCCACGGGGCUGGCGGAGGCCGGGUACAGAGCCGUGACCUUCGACAUGCGGGGGGCCGGUAGAUCGUCCGGGAGGGCUUCCUUGACGGGAUUCGCGGAGAUCGAGGACGUCGUGGCGGUCUGCAGAUGGGUGUCGGAGGCGCUGUCCCCGGAUGGGAUCGUUCUCGUGGGAUCUUCUGCUGGUACACCAUCUUCCCUACCCUCCCCUCUUAGUCUCGUCUUUGCUUUCCUCGGCGAUCUUGUGCGUGCUCGGAUGAUACAUCCAUUUCGAACAUCUACCAAUUCGCUCACCCUUUCGCUCUGGAAUUGCCGCAUCUCUUGAUUUCUUCUAGAACAAUUUCAUUGCGGGGUGGAGAUCUUUUAGAUUCUGCUGGACAAACUGUGGUUUCUGUGAAAGAAGCCCUGGAAUUUUGCUUCCGCUAGUGAUUUCUACAGGCUUUGGACCUAAUCCUGUUGCAUUUGAGUUUUCUAUAUGAAAACAGCAUCCCCACUGAAAACCUGCAACCAUCUUCACCCGACUGGGAACAUCCGCCAAGAAAAUGGGGCGGCUGCAACAAUGUCUCAAGAUCGGACAAAGAUAAAUGGAUGACACUAACCUUCCAAUUCAUUUCAGAUUCAUGGACAUGGUUUGAUUUCUGCAUUCACAUUGGGGCUUGAAAAGUUGAGGAUUUAAUCCACGGCAACAUAAUCUCCGCUUAACCCGUAGUUCAUGAAACAGGUCCGGUUUCAUGCUCUUGAUUUGGAGGGGAACCUUCCUCCUUGAAAAUGAGACGAGCUCUGGAAGGUCACGUAGAAACCAUCCCCAUCAAAGUUUUCAGGCCGCUCCGAGCCAUUCGUAGCUGUAAUACGGAGUAAAAUCGAAUGAAUCGAAAGCCCAUUUUUAGGUUAUUUCUGUGAGGGAAAGUCAACGGGGAGCCUGGCUGUCCGAGAGUUCUUACAGAGCCAGUUGGGAGGCGGCUGGAAAAUUUCCUGAACUUUCUAGGAUCCAAGAACCCAUUUCAGAUCUGCUGUGAAAAAUACGAUCAUUCCGAGGAGUGGAGGAACCCCAAAUACGAUCUUUAGUAUAACUCGAAAGAUGGGCAGAUAAUUGUGGCUUUGAGAGAAAAAAAGAAGCCCAUAAUUGGUGGUCCCGGAUCUGAGCAGCUAGGAACCGUUCUUGAUCGAUUCUUUGUAUGAACGAUUUCCAACUCACUGCCUAGUUUAUUCAAUGAUACGAUGAAUAAAUCCCUGUUCUCUAACCCAUGAUGAAUCUCUCUCUCUCUCUCGCUCUCGCUCUGUUUUUUUUUUCUUUUACUCUGGGGAUGCUCUAGGAGCGACGAUCGCGGGUUCGGCCCUCGACAAAAUCGACGAAGUUCGAGCCUACGUGAGCCUGGGAUACCCCUUCGGCUGGAUGGCUUCCAUUCUCUUCGGGCGGCACCAUAAGGCCGUCCUGCAGUCGGAGAAGCCCAAGCUCUUCGUCAUGGGCACCAAGGACGGCUUCACCAGCGUGAAACAGCUUCAGAGCAAGCUCAGGUCCGCCGCCGGGCGCGUGGAGACCCAUCUCCUCGAGGGAGUCGGCCACUUCCAGAUGGAGGGCCCCGCUUACGACACCCAGAUGGCCGGCGUGAUCUCCGCGUUCAUCGCUUCUCUGUAA